CCAAAACAAAAAAUUACACGUGAAGAUUGGUGGGAAGAAAAUAAAGAAAAAGUUUGGAAUGUUAUGAUGUGUCAAUAUAAGGGAACUGACAAAAAAGAAAAACAUAGUUGUCCAUCACAUAAUAAUAUUGAUGAAGAAGAUCAAUUUUUACGAUGGUUAACUGAAUGGGCAAAAUAUUUCUGUAAAGAAAAAGUAAAAGAAGUAAAAGCAUUAGUUGAGGAAUGUAAAAGCAGCAUUAGUACAAAUCAAUAUAAUACUAUUAAGGAUAUAAAUAAUAAGGCUUGUAAUGAAUUAAGAAAUAAAUAUUACAAAUGGCUAAAUAAUAGAAAAGUAGAAUGGAAAAACUUAUCUGAUAAAUAUGAGCAUGAUAAAAAGACUAAUCAAAAAUAUAAUGGAUGGCAAUCAUCUGCCAAUUCAUAUGUGAAAAGUAAAUGUUCUGAAUGUGACUGUACUUUUAAAGAAUUAGAAGAAUUAUAUGAAGGAAAAAACGACGAACAACAAUUAAUAAAAUCAUUAGUUGAA